UUUUCUCUGACCUGUCUGAGGAACUUUGGGCUGGGAAAAACAUCCAUGGAGGAAAAGAUCCUGGAAGAGGCUUCCCAUCUCAUCUCACACUUGGAAAAGUGCUCAGGCCAGUCCAUGGACCCCAAAACCCUGUUUCACAAUGCUGUGUCCAAUAUCAUCUGUGCCAUCCUGUUUGGAGCUCGAUACAACUACGAAGAUGAGACUUUUCAGUCCCUGAUACGCAUGGUUUGUGAGAUUACAAAGAUACUGAAUGGUCCCUGGGGCAUGAUUUAUGACACAAUGCCAUUCGUGAGGCGCUUGCCCCUGCCUUUCCAGAAGGCCUUAAAAAACAUGCGUGAUCUAGAAGCCUCAACUUUGGCAAAGGUGACCGAACACAAGAAGACACGUGUCCCAGGACAGCCAAGAGACUUCACUGACUGCUACCUCGAUGAGAUAGACAAGAGAGGGAGUGACGACUCUUCCUUUGACGAUGAGUUUAUG